AUGGCCCCAGGAAUAUCAUACGAUGAUUCAGGAUCAUUAGCGAGCUACUUUGGCGUCACAUUCCUCGUCGUCACUCUCGUUCCUGCUACCUACCUCAUCUUCAGGCCAGAAAGGAAGGAUACACUGAAACCACUAUGCACGUGCUCAGAGUGCCAAACGUCCCGCGCAGCUCUGCAGGGCCAAAAACAGUCUAUACGGACAAAACGGUUCUCACGGCGGAUCGUUCCCCUCGUCCUUGGCUGGCUGGCAUUCGCGUACUUGCUUUACGCAAUAGCGACGGCCCCGACUGUACCCGGUCAGGCGAUAUAUGAUCCAUUCGAGAUCCUGGGGUUGAGGAGCGGGACGGACGAGAAGGGGAUCAAGAAGCACUACAAGAAGUUGUCUUUGCAAUAUCAUCCCGAUAAGAUCCAGCUGGGACCGAACCAGACAAUAGAGGAGGUGGAGGGGAAGUUUGUGGAGCUCACAAAGGCGUACAAGUCGCUCACGGACGAGGCGAUCCGGGAGAACUUGGCAAAGUACGGGAACCCGGACGGACCACAGCAGCGCGAAGACAAGAUCGCGAUUCCGCAGUGGGUCGUAGAGGGGAAGAAUAGUAUUUGGGUGUUGGGCGCGUAUGGCUUGGUUCUGGGUGUCGGAAUCCCAGUCGUUGUGGGACGCUGGUGGUUCCGACAACAACGUACGACGCGAGACAACAUCCUCAAUACCUCUGCCGAAUACUUUUUCCACAAUCUCCGCGAAGACACCGAUUUCCUCAACCUCAUCACCAUCCUCGCUGGCGCGCUCGAGUUUCAGACGAUUCUCGGGCUGGCUACCAAGGCCAAGGGGAAAGGCAAGCCUAGCAAGAAGGAGCGGAAAGAGAAGACGGGGCGGGUGGAGGAGGUGGAGGCGUUGCUGGAUGAGCGGAGAGAGGCUUUGGGUCUGGGGGAGAGCAUUACGAUGAGGCCGGAGAAUCGGGUGGCCGUGGGAAGUGCGGCGCAGAGGCGGGCGAGGGUAUUGAUUUGGGGACAUUUGCUGCGUUGGGACUUUGACGAGAGGGACUUCAGAGAUGACCAACGCGCCGUGCUCUUGGCCGUUCAGCCCCUUCUCACAGCCAUCUCCAACAUCUCCCUCGCGCACGGCUGGCUCAGCACUUCCCUCCUCUCGCUCCGGCUCCAAUCCGCUCUCGUUCAGGCCAUCCCGGCCGGCUCGUCCCCCCUCGCCCAGCUCCCCGGGGUCUCGCUCGACAAGGCCGAAGAGCUCCAAUGGACCAAAGCGGCCGAGGGACGGCGGUGGAUCGAAAAGUUCGCCAAGGCGGAUGUGGCGGACGAUGUGGAUUUGGUAGAGGCCAAGCGGGUCGCAGAGGGCUGGCCGAGGUUCGAGAUUGUCGAUGCGGAGUUCAAGGUGGAAGGAGAAAAGGUGGUCUCGCCAUCGUCAAUAGUCAGCUUGAACUUCCGAGUCCGAUAUGUCGCCCCAUCCGCAUCCAAGCGGAAAUCCAUCUCUGUGCCAAACGGGGACGUUCCUGCUGGAUCCAACGGGGACGUUGAGAAGGCUGUCCAGGCCAUCAGCGACGAGGAGAAGGACAUUGAGGAGGGGGCAAACACAGAUCUGAAGGAGAAGGUCGGAGAUCUCAAGGAGAAGAUUGCGGAUGUCGUUUCGGACAAGACGGGGAAGAAGGAUGAAAAGGAGAAGGAGAAGGAAUGGGAGAAGAAUGGGUAUGCGCAUGCUCCGUUCUGGCCUCAGCUUCGCAAACCUCACUUCUCCGUCCUGCUCGGGGACUCCAAGCUCGACAAGGUCAUCGUCCCCCCAAUCCGAAUAACCGAUAUCCCCACCUCCCCCUCCUCUUCCCCAAGCACAUUCAGCCUCACCUUCCCCGCUCCGCCACAAGCCAACCUGUACUCGUUUGUCCUGCAUGCCGUAUCCGAUACAUUCGUCGGCAACGACGUCGUCCUCCCCAUCAUGCUCAAAGUGGAGGAUGUACCGGAGGAUGACGAGUCGGACGCGGGGGACGCGGACGAUAUCUCCGAGCCGGAUGAAGAUAGCUUGGCGGGGCAGAUGGCGCUGAUGAAGGGUGGGAAAGUACGGCCUAGUGCUGUGCAUGGGAGCGGGGGAGCCGAGGACGGGGAGGAUGAGGAAGAUGGGAGCGAGUACGAGUCGAGUAGUGACGAGGAGGGACCAAGGAAGGGCAGGGCGAUAAAUGAGGAUAGCGAUAGUGAUGAUGAUUAG